AUUAACAUCUUCGUCAUCCUCAUCCCAUCAUCAUCAUCAUCAUCAUCAUCAUCAUCAUCAUCAUCCUCACUACCACCAACAUCACUCCAGUCUUCACUAUCAUCAACCCAAACAGCAAAGCCUUUAAUAUCAGCAACCUCUACAUCAUCUUCCUCAUUUUUACAAUCAUCAGCAAACUCGCAGCCUUCAUCACCAUUAAAAUCAGCGACAUCUUCUAUACUAUCUUCUAUGCCAUCUUCAUCAUCUUCACAAUCUUCAUCACCAACAUUACCAUCAUCUUUACCAUCAUCUACACAAUCUUCAGCACCCUCUUUAUCAGUCUCACUAUUGUCGUCAUCAACAUCAUCUUCAUCAGUCCCACUAUCAUCAUCAAUCUUGCAGCCUUCAUCACCAUCCACACCAUCUUCAUCACCAACAUUAACAUUGUUAUCAACAACAUCUUCAAUACUAUCAAAAACAUCUACAUCAACUUUAUCAUCAUCAGCAGGACCAUCUACACUAUCAUCUGUACCAUCUUCAUCAUUCAUAGCACCAUAUUCAUCAGUGCCACUAACAUCAACAACAACCCCAGUAGCACAGUCCUCACUAUCAGCAACCUCUUCAUCAUCUUCCUUAUCCUUACCAUCAUCAGCAAACUCACAGCCUCCAUCAUCAUCCCCAUCUUCAUCACCAACAUUAACAUCAUUAUCAUCAACAACAACGUCUUCAAUACUAUCUUCCACACCCUCCUUAUCAUAUUCACCAUCAUCAGGACCAUCUUCAUCAGUCCCACUAUUGUCAUCAUUAUCUUCUUCUUCAACACCAACAUCAACA